AUGCGUCGGAAAUAUAAUCCAGUGUUUAGCCGUAAACACUGUACUGUACCGGUAGUAGAAUACGAUAAGAUAUUCGUCCGUGACCAAACCAUACAGCUCGGAUUGUUCGGACUUGGGCCCCUAACGAACGAGUCGAAAGGUAUUGCGUCAUUCUGCAAUUUGUCGACUCAAGUUGUCAUCGUCACUACUCAACAGCUCGGAUUCUGGAAACGAACGAAGAUGAACUUCAAGAUUUAUGCCAUUGUUGCCCUUACCGCGGUGUUGGCCACGCCGAUCACUGCUCAGCAGCAGCAGCUCUGCAAAGCAGAUGGAUGUGCCUACGAAUAUUCGCUCGCCAACGACGUCGUCAGCAAGUGCUGCAAAGCCAUAAAUGCGGAUCCUAUCGCUUUCCACGAUUGCUGUAGUAAAAGUUGCAACACGGGUAGCCCAUGCAAGUCGGUCUAG